GGAAGCUUUCGCUCACUUCCUAGUUACUGCCGUUUUGGACUGCUUAUUGAUUUGUAAUGAAAGCAGUUUCCCGUAACUGGGUUGCAUCGGUGCAUAUAGCGCUUAGUAUCAUCGGGCUCCCGUACACUGUUGUUACAAGUGGAAUCUGCCGGACCAACCCCAUUAGUCGCAUUCCUAGUCUGUGUGCAUACAGAUCUGUAUACAUGCCUUCUGCCACGCACAUAAAGGCUCGUUGCCCAGUAUAUCCUGGCUCACACACAACCCGCUUUCCAGUCCCUGAUGACAAGGUGGACUGGGAGACAGACUGGCCCCAGUAUAGCCCUGUUAACUAUACCGCCCCAUUUGUGCUUAAAAAACCUGUUUGGGCUGACCCAGAGAUUGUUGAAUUUUCCCCACAGUUCAAUUCUUUGGAUGGAUCUGUAGACCGAAGAAGCCACAAGGACCCAUAUCGUAUACAGAAUGGCAAACCACUUAAUCCACAUGGAAGGACUGGCCUAGAAGGCAGAGGACUACUAGGCAGGUGGGGUCCUAACCAUGCUGCUGACCCUAUUGUUACCAGAUGGAAGACAGAUUCAGUUGGACAGUGUGUCAACAACACCAACUCUCAACGUCCCGUGCUGCAGUUUGUGUCCAUCAAGCGGGUAGAUUGUGGGGAAUGGGCCAUCCCAGGGGGUAUGGUGGACCCUGGAGAGCGUGUUUCUCAAACAUUGCAGCGGGAAUUCUCAGAGGAGGCACUGAACACUCUGCAGGCAUCUCCAAGUGAGAAGGAAAAGAUCCAAAAGCGGAUUACAGAGCUGUUCGACUCAGAUGGUCUUCAAGUAUAUAAAGGUUAUGUAGACGAUCCAAGAAACACAGACAACUCUUGGAUGGAGACAGUUGCUGUCAACUUUCAUGAUGAAUCGGGCAAUAGUGUAAGUGAGCUGCCACUGCAGGCAGGAGAUGAUGCAGGUCAAGUGAGUUGGAUUGACAUCGACUCCUCGCUGACACUUUAUGCAAGUCACUUACAUUUUUUGGAGACAGUUGCUAAGGAAAGAAAUGCCCAUUGGUAACAGCAAAGUGCCUUUCUGUCCUAAUUCAUGAUGAGAAAUCUUAUUUUAAAGGAGAACAAUAUGAAGAAUUACAGCAAGAAUAUACAAUAAAUUAAGUGUGGGGAGAACACGACAAAGUGGGAAAAUCAGUUUGUUCAAAGCAUGUCCUUGUGCAGGCAUACUGUUUGUUAACAUGAAAUGUAACAACAUUGCCAAAACAUGCAUUCCAACAGAACAACCGUUAACCUGAUUUUUCUGAGCACUUUCUUAAAUUAUAAAGCAUGAAUACUUGAAACAAACGCAUACUAAUAACAUUGAAGUAGUUAAAUAAAAUCGAUAUGCACACUACUGAGUAAAACUCGUUGUAAUAACCAAUGGAAUAAACCCUCUUA